AUGACAUAUUCCUUCUGCUCUUGUUCCCAAGGUUUCGGUCCCCCCGAACUCUUCAGCGUUCCGGACCAGUUUCUCGAGAAACUGCUGGUGUCGGGCUCAUCACGAGAAGUAGAUUGUACAGACACUUGUACGGGAGCUGCGUUCACGGGUACCUGUGUGACUGGGGGUGGGCGUGGCCUUUGCUGAAUAAAUGAAGUAGAGCAAAAUGAUCUGCGUUUCCGAAGGACUAGUCAAGCAGCCAUUUUGGCCCAGCUUCCCAGCAGACAAGCGCUACACUCUGAAGCUGGUCUCAGCAUAGAACGACGUUUGUCAUGCACUGCGAGAAGAAAGUCAGAACUCUCAUUUCGGAGGGACUCAGCAUCACCUUCGGUACUGUUUGAUGUGGAGGAUGAGGAAGAAGAUGAUGAGAGGAUCAUGGCCACGAGACGAAUGUCUCACUUGAUGAGCAUGACUGAUGGUAUUGAUGGGAAAAUGGAUCAGUGGGAGAGAAAACAGAGCAUCAAGAGUAUGGUGGCCAAUAUCCAGACCAAACGCAAAUACAGAGACCUGAUUUUGCAAGAACCUGUUCAAAGUACUCAUGGCUUGUUGAAGUACCGUAGAAUAAAGGCAUGGCAGAAUUUUAAACAACAAACCAAAAAUGUGCUCUACCAAUUAGAAUUGUGGUCAGGGGCCUUUAAAGAAAUAGAAGGUCAUUUUGGGACAUCUGUAAUGACAUACUUCAAAUUCAUGCGAUGGCUGUUGUUUCUGAAUUUUUAUAUGAUGGUCAUUAUGUUGUGUCUGACCAUGUUGCCACACCUACUGCGACUGAAUCACCCUUCACAUUUCUACAAGACCGUCCCAGUAAACAUCACCAACUCUUCAGGGUUCCAUGAGGAGGCUGUUAACUGUACAGAACAGUACAAGGACUUCGUCAGCAAUACUGUCUCCUCAGAGGGGGGUGUUAAUAAGUUCCUGGAUGUACUGCAAGGAACAGGCUGGAUGGAAGAUACAGUGUUGUUUUACGGAACCUACUUCAACAAGACUUACCAUUAUGCCUUUUCAGAUGGAGAGAAGACAUACAACAUGAGUUUGUCUUAUCUAUUGGCCACUGGUGCAGCAUUUCUUGUCAGCUUCUUCCUUAUUGUCAAAAAUUCAGCCAAAGGCGUGAAGUCUACUGUAAUGGAUGAGGAAAGCGGUCAGGUGAUACAGUUUUGUAAUAAGGUGUUUGGAGGAUGGGACUACUGUAUAUCAGAUAAGAAAGCAGGCAAACAAAAACACAAGAACCUGUUACUGGAACUAAGGGGUGACUUAGAAAACCAGAAAUUGUUGUGGAAAAAGGAGAGCAGAACUAAGCGUGAGCGGGCUAAGCUGUAUUCUGUGAGGGUAGCUGUCAACUUACUGGUGCUAGGCUUUCUGGGUGGUUCUUUGUAUCUUAUUUACUACUGCAAUAGCAAACUCACAGAGUUGAAGAAAUUGGUUGAGAAUGAAUCUCCAAUUUUACAAACCAUAAUUGAGUUCCUGCCUUCAGUGACCAUCACAGUUCUCAAUGUCAUUGUACCCAUCAUAUUCAAUAAUUUAGUGAGAUUUGAAGACUACCUGCCAUAUUUUGAGAUGCAAAUCACCCUUCUCAGAACUGUGAUUCUGAGACUAGCCUCUUUGUUUACACUGAUGGUCUCCUUGUAUCCAAUGGUGGUGGAAAAAAAUGAGGAGUAUACGAGCAAAUGUGGAAAUAAGCACUGGGAAUUUAAAACAAUUAAUUCUACCAACACAUCAGACAGCAAAGGAAAAAUACCAAUUAAGUGUUGGGAGACAUAUGUGGGACAGCAGAUCUACAAACUUAUUAUCUUAGAUUUCCUUGUUCCCUUCAUACUGACAUUUAUCGUGGAGUAUCCGAGAAGGCUGGUGUACCAAAGGUUUAAAGAAAAUAAGGUGGUAAAUAUGAUUGGACAGCAAGAAUUUGACCUUCCCAAGGCCGUACUGGACCUUGUAUACACACAGACACUCUGCUGGAUGGGACUGUUUUUCUGCCCUCUUAUUCCAAUGAUGGUAUUUGUCAAGUGCUUUAUCUUCUUUUAUGUGAAAAAGGGAACUGUCCUAAACAACUGUAUUCAGCCAAUACGACCCUUCAGAACCUCCAAAUCAACAUCCUUAUUCAUCGCAGUUCUCUUCAUCUCUUUUGUCAUUUCUGCUGGACCUCUGUCAUACAUGAUAGGAAUGAUUUCACCGUCCCAGAGUUGUGGGCCUUUCCGAGUGUAUAGUGUAUCUAACUUUGUGUUUUUUGACACAGUCCGGAAUUUGAUUUCUACAUUUCCCUUCGAGGCACGGGAAGCUUUUCACUAUGUAGGCACUAUGGCCUUUUUCCUUCCAGCUAUAAUUAUUGUAUGUUUCAUUAUGUAUUUUUACUGUAUGCAAUCCAUUGGUUACAAAAGGAAAGCUAAGUUGUUAAGAGAGCAGCUAAUAAUGGAGGGAAAAGACAAACAAUUUCUCCUUGCCAGAGUCAAUGAAGCAUGGAAGUAUUUGGAACCAACCAUAGUGGUGUUACAUGGAAUUUUGGAGAACAUGAAGAUGGCCACUAAUAACAUAAGUGGAAGUGGCGAGAAGGGAUGUGAGGAUUUGUGCACUGUGUAUCCUGAAGAGAGAGUACCGCUGAUGUCAGCGGAAGAACGCAGACUUGCUAAGAGAAGGAGACAUAUUGGAGAUGAUGUCUUGGUAGCCUCAGAUUCUGAAGUUGUAAACCAUCGUCCUAAGUCUGAUAUUCCUCUUGUAGAUGUCAGAAAACUUCGGAAGGAAAGGGAUAAAAAGUAUCAGUCACAACCUUUAGAUUUAAACUUAGAUUACCCUUCAGUGGAUGUGGAAAGUUUAAAGAGGGACAGUGUCAAAAAAUCCUUAUCUGACAGUCCACAGAAUGAUGUCAGUGGGUUAACAGAAGAUAAACUCAGGGAAGAGAGACAAAUAAAAUUUAAAUCACAGCCUGUAGAGAUGUCUGAUGCCUGGUAUUCAGGAAUGGAGGAAGAAAGAGGGUACCAGUCCAGAGCCCCUCUUAGGGCAGGUCCUAGGGGGGACAGGAUGCAAUAUCAGUCCAUGCCUCCGCUGGAUAUAGAUGAGGGUUAUGAGCCAGGGCCUUCAAGAAAAGAAGAUUCCCCCAGAAGGGAUAGAUUUAGACAGUACCAGUCAGGUCCUCCUCUUGACAUGAGGGAUGAACCUCCCAUGGAUUAUGGUGGGAGGGAUUUACCUGAAGUAGAUAGGAGGGAAAAUAUACCUGGUCCUUCUAGAGAUCAAAGUGAUGGAUAUUACAGAGGGAGAGAAAGACCUAGAAAUGACCAGUUGGGGCCACAGGGAGAUAGAUUAAGAGAUGAUAGGAGAAUGUACAGGACUGAUAAUGUAGAUUACAACAGAAAUGACAUGGAGAAUAACAACAUUAGCAGCAGACCAGCGGUAGAACUGUCAGAAGUCUUCCCACACAUCAACAGUACCGAUGGGAAAGGGACAUUAAUCCGUCAUCGUAGAAAGUCCAGCAGGAAAAUGGGUUUUGGGGAACCAGAUUAUAGUGAUGAUGAUGACGACAAAACUCUGCCCAGUCAGAAAGCCAUCCAGCGAAAUCGCACAAAGUCAAUCAAAGAAAGAAGAAUGGAACUGGAAGAAGAAAAGAAGUCACAUCCCAGACCAAAGUCACUGGCAGAGAAAUACAAUGAACUUAAGAACAAAGGGACCUUAACUCCUGGGGAUGUGGCAACAAUAGUCAGGGAGUCAACUCUUACUCGAAUGAAUAAUAUAGCUUCAGGAGCUGAAUCCAAGGAAUGGCAUAAAUUCAAACUGAAAAAGAAAGAGUUUUUAGAUAGAUUUACGAUUUGGGCUGGAACUUUGAAGGAGGUGGAAGGUCAAUAUGGAACAGCAGUGAUGACUUAUUUCCGAUUCAUAAAAUGGCUGAUGUUCUUGAAUAUCUACAUUAUGAUAAUAAUGUUUUGUGUAAUAACUGUCCCCUAUCUGGCUCUGGGCCCAUAUAAUUUUAAUUCAUCACUUUCUGAUGCUAAUGUAUCUGGAUAUAUGGAAGCCAUCAUUUGUACAACUGAAUAUGAAGUCUACCAGAAAAAUCUGACAGAUGCGGAAACUUUGGGACAGAAAGUGCUGGAUUUUCUGCAAGGCACUGGCUGGAUGGAGAGAAAAAUCUUAUUUUAUGGAGUAUAUUACAAUAAAACUUACACAACCAGUGAUAAUGAGGUCUACACCUACCACAUGGGUCUGGCCUAUAUGUUGGCAUUUGGAGGAUGUUUUUUGAUUUCCUUUUUCCUAAUUGUUAAAAAUGCUUCUAAGAAUGUGAAGGUGUCAUUGGGUACACAAGAGACAGUAGCUCUUUACUGCAACAAAACAUUUUCUGGAUGGGAUUUCUGUAUCAACAAUAAAAAGGCAGCCAAAGUGAAAAGGAAAAACAUCUUUACAGAUUUAAAGGCAGAGCUGAGUGAUCAAAGAAAAGAAUGGGAGAGAGAGCACAGAACUACAGCAGAACUAGUUAAGUUGUACCUACUGCGAUUCCUGAUCAACAUUCUGGUUCUAGCUUUGUUAGGGGGAGCCUUGUACCUCAUCGCAUUCACCACUGAACAGAUGAUAGAGCUACAAAAUCAGACAACUCUGUCCGAGAUUUUAGAAUUGGUGGUGCAAUAUGUCCCCUUUGUGACUAUUACUGUGCUCAAUGCUGUACUACCUAUCAUCUUCCAAAAGCUGGUCCAAUUUGAAGACUACAGAUAUGAGUUUGGAUUUAAACUGACUCUAGCUAGAGCCAUUUUACUGAGAUUAGCCUCCCCCAUAGCCUUGAUAGCAAUUUUGUACAAGGAGUUGAUAGAGAAACCAGCGGAUGACUCCGACACGGGAAAAUGUGGGAACAAACAGUGGGAAUCAAAAACAAGUCGUGGAAGGAUAAUGUGCUGGGAGACCUAUUUUGGACAACAGUUGUAUAAGCUGGUUUUACUGGAUUUAAUCGUAGAAACUGGAAUCAUUUUCUUCAUGCAAGUCCCCAGGUGGUUUUUGUUCAAGAAUUAUGGCAAAUCCAGUAAAGUUGUGAAAUUGGUGGGACCUCAAGAGUUUGAUUUGCCACAAAGUGUGGUAGAUAUCAUUUACACCCAGAGUAUAUGUUGGCUAGGGAUGUUUUUCAGUCCUCUCAUUCCAUUCAUGACAUUCCUAAAGUGUGUUCUUUUCUUCUGGGUCAAAAAGUUUGCUGUUCUCAAAAUAAAUGUUCCUCAGGAACGUCCAUUUAAAACAUCCGGUUCUAAUUCACUGUUUAUGCUGGUGCUACUCCUGUCCUUUAUAAUUUCUGCUGGCUUGCUGGGAUACAUGAUUGGAAGUAUUCCACCCAGCCAGAGUUGCGGCCCUUUUAGAGUGUACAGCACAAACCAGACUGAGGCUGUAAUGUUUGACGUCAUUUCUAAGACAGUCUCUAGCUGGCCUACAGAGGCCAGAGAUGUGUUUGAAUUCCUCGGAACAGUGGGAUUUUUUGUACCUGUGGUUGUUAUGCUUGUGCUGCUGAUGUAUUGUUACUGGCUUAGGGGUCAAGGAUAUAAAAAGACAGAGGAACUUCUACAAAAUCAACUUAAAAUGGAGGGAAGAGAUAAGAAAUACCUGCUGGACAGGGUAAAUGAAGUUCUCAGUCGUAAUUCAGAUCUGAUAUCAUGACUUGGCAUUCUUAUUCAAAUCAAACCUCAUGUUGUCAAACUAAGACUUAUUUGACCAAUUAAAGUUUCACAAUUAUUUGUACACUAGGACAGAUGUUUCAGAAAUUAUUAUUCUGUAUAUAAAUGAAAUUUUUUUUCCUUGUAAAUUGCAGUAUAUGUACUAGAGUGACCAUUGUGUGUUCUUUAUUAUGAAGUUGUUUUAGCUACUUUGUAACCAAUAUUGUCGCCAAUUUGUAUAUUUGUGUACUCACAAUAACCUCCGUCCUUUAUAUUGAAAUCCACAAUAUACAUUUAUUUGUGAUGUAGAGCCCAAUAUUGUAUAAUAAUACCAUCUUUUAUAUAUUAUAUUUACACAAUAUUGAGGACAAAUCAUACUGCAUGACAAUCUCAUUUAAAUAUGCAUAGGAAAAAAAACGCAUUUUGGCAUUUUAAAAAAAAUAAAUGUUGAGCAUGACCAGUGGUUGGGUAGUGUCGGGCAAUGAAUAUGUUUGUCAAUUCAUUUUUGUUGUGGUCUCUCAGUGAUAUGGCCUUUAAUAUGGUACUCUAUGUGUUUAGUUCCACCUUACCUGUUGAUGUUGGCACCUCGGUUUGUUGAGGGUGUAACCCCUGACAGAAUGGGUCAAAUUGAAGGUUGGGGGUGGGAUGGGAAAGGGGGAUGGUUUUUACUCUCUUCAGUUUAAUAUCACAAUGCUGUGCAAAAGCCUGGAAAUUAUUACCAUGUACAUAGAUUCAAAGAAGCUAGAAAUAUAAGAAUAUAACACUGAAUAUAAAAGUAGCCACUUGGGACAUAUAAACAAAUUAAUAUGGCACAUGUGUAUAACCCCUGCAUUUAAUGUAUUGUGAUACUGAUCAAUAUAAGGCUCAGAUGACGAUCUAAUGUAUAACUAUUUGCACCGUGAUCAUGUCUGUUUAGUACUGGUAUUAAAAAUUAUACAAAGAGAUUAACUAUUUAACCAUUAUCAUUUUUUUUCAAAUAUUCAUUUAACAUUUUAUUAACAAAUGCUGUACGUAUUCUGUCUACGAAAUGUGCCUUUCACACAACUGUGUCUGUCUAGAUAUUUUUCUGUCUUCCAUUGUUUUAUUUGUUAUAUACAUUUACUCAUAUAAACUUUAAGCAGUGUUAUAUCUUUGAAGAGUAAAAACAAUUUGUUUAAAUUUUUUAAAAA